UGGUAUCUCCAGUGUUAUCUGCCACAGCUGUAAAUCUUCUCGCACGUAAAGCCUCCCUUUUCUAUUCUUCUGACUAUCUCUUCAAUCAGCCGAGCUCCCCAGGCUAUCUCAUCCUCCAGCUACACCCUCAGACAGACAGUGGGCUAACGGUUAACGCUAGCAGCCUAGCCACCCCUACUAAGUAAACCGAGGGCCAAUCACCGUCCCUGCCUGGGCGUUGCCUUGGGAACGAUAGCUUCCCUGACCCUUUUUUUUUGUAAACCUCUCUGUGCUGUGGCUAGUGUGUAGUGAUCGUGACAUCACACGCAGCCGACCUGCCGUGCGUCUCGGUCGGGAGGCGCUGAGCAGAGACCUGGACCCGGACUGACCCCCUUUUAGGACGUUUAAAGAGGAACCGGCUGCACAUUGAGUCACCUCCACAGAACAGGGAGUUUAUGGAGAGGAGCUAACUUGGCUGUACUGAGCCGCCCCCAGCUUUCCCGCGCUCCCCCGCCCUCUCCAGCUGCAUCAUGGGAGGCGUAGUCCAGAUGCACUUCAGCACGGUGGACUAUGUGAUCUUUGCGUUGCUGCUGGUGGCGUCGACGGGCAUCGGCCUCUUCUACGCCUUCUCCGGGGGGCGCCAGCGGACCACGCAGGAGUUCCUGCUGGCGGACCGCUCCAUGAGCUGCCUCCCGGUGUCGCUGUCGCUGCUGGCCACCUUCCAGUCGGCCGUGGCCAUCCUGGGAGCGCCGUCGGAGGUGUACACCUUCGGCACGCAGUACUGGUUCCUGGGCUGCUCCUACUUCCUGGGGCUGCUCAUCCCCGCCCACGUCUUCAUCCCCGUCUUCUACCGCCUGCGCCUGUCCAGCGCCUACGAGUAUCUGGAGCUGCGCUUCAACAAGACGGUCCGGAUCUGUGGGACGAUCACCUUCAUCUUCCAGAUGGUGAUCUACAUGGGGGUGGUGCUGUACGCCCCCGCGCUGGCCCUCAACGCAGUAACUGGGUUUGACCUCUGGGGGGCGGUGUUGGCUAUGGGCCUUGUGUGCACACUGUACACUGCACUGGGAGGUCUGAAGGCGGUGAUCUGGACGGACGUGUUCCAGACGGUGGUGAUGUUCGCCGGGCAGCUGGCGGUCAUCGUGGUGGGGACCAGCCAGGCCGGGGGCAUCUCCGAGGUGUGGAGGAAGGCCAUGAACGGCAGCCGCAUCGCCUCCCUGGACCUGAACCCCGACCCCCUGGAGAGGCACACCUUCUGGACGCUGGGCGUGGGCGGGGUCUUCCUGAUGCUGGCGCUGUACGGCGUGAACCAGGCCCAGGUCCAACGCUACCUGAGCUCCAGGACGGAGAGGGAGGCCGUGAUGUCUUGCUACGUGGUGUUCCCGUGCCAGCAGAUCGUUCUGUCUCUGGGCUGUCUCAUGGGGCUGGUGAUGUUCGCCCGCUACGGAGAGGACAGCCCUCUGGACAAGGGCUACGUCAAGACCAAGGACCAGAUGGUGCUCUACUUCGUGAUGGACGUCUUCAGAGACCUGCCGGGUCUGCCUGGUCUCUUCGUGGCCUGCCUCUUCAGUGGAGCUCUCAGUACAAUCUCUUCGGCCUUCAACUCCCUAGCAACAGUAACCAUGGAGGACCUUAUCAAGCCCUUUUUCCCAAACAUGACUGAAGCCAAAGCUACGCUGCUCUCCAAGGCUCUAGCCCUUGGCUACGGUCUGGUGUGUCUGGCCAUGGCCUACGUCGCCUCCCUCAUGGGUUCGGUUCUCCAGGCGGCCUUCAGCAUCUUCGGCAUGGUGGGAGGACCCCUACUGGGCCUCUUCUGCCUCGGCAUGUUCUUCCCCUGGGCCAACUCCACGGGGGCUCUGGUGGGCCUGUUCUCAGGUUUGGCCAUGGCCUUCUGGAUCGGGAUAGGCAGCUUCGUGAUGCGUCUGCCAGGCCCCGACCUGCUGCCGUCCGCCAACACGACGGCCCCGCCCCUCCUGGGCAACAUGACGACGGUUGCCAUGACGACGCUGGUCAGCGCCAUGACGACCAAGACUAGGCCCAGUGGGGUGGAGGCCAUCUACAACCUGUCCUACAUGUGGUACAGCGCCCACAACUCUGCUACCGUGGUGCUGGUGGGGCUGCUGGUCAGCCUGAUCACAGGGCCCAUGAAGGAGAAGGACCUGACCCCCGGGACAGUGUUCCCGGUGUUGGGCACCCUGCUGUUCUUCCUGCCCGAGCGCUACAAGGAGAAGCUGUGCUGCGUGACCCCACUGGGCCACAAGCAUAAGGACGCCCAGCCCUACCUGACGGCCCAGAAGGAGAACCAGGAGGAGGUGGAGGAGGAGGUGGGGGGGCGCAAGGGGGCGGGGGAGAAGCUGGUGGAGGCCGGCCUGGCCGCCCCUCGGGCCUCCACCUCCCUGAGCCCCCACCCCUCCGAAGAGACCGCCCUCUAACACACACACACACACACACACACACACACACACACACACACACACACACACACACACACACACACACACACACACACACACACACACACACACACACACACACACACACACACACACACACACACACACACACACACACACACGCUGCCAAAAUCGUCGUGGAGACAACGGCGUCACCUGACCGUGGGACACCGUCCCGCCCGGGAGGUCAGAGGUCAAGGCGAGGAUCUCGUCUACUGAACAGUUCGCCACUCUGCGUGUUUUUCUAAGUUAUUUUUGUACAGAAGACGAAGAGCACAUUUUAUCUCCAAGAGAAUAUAAUAUUAUAAAAGAAAGAAGAAUAACUGACGAGCUCCGAGAUGAAGUCCAUGUACCUCAGUUCAGCAGAGUCCAGACCUGCUCCCGCUGGCCCCAGACCCCCCCCCCCGUCCUAAUGAGGCCCUGGUUGAGAGCCUAUGGGGUCCCCUGUCCAGCUGCGCCACAGAGCCUAUGGGGUCCAGCUGCGCCACAGAGCCUAUGGGUUCCCCUGUCUAGCUGCGCCACAGAGCCUAUGGGUUCCCCUGUCUAGCUGCGCCACAGAGCCUAUGGGGUCCCCUGUCUAGCUGCGCCACGGUGUGAACACGCCAAUUUAGAUGACCUGUCGGGUCGGCAGCAGUACCUGGAACCUCUUCAGGCCUAUAGGAGCACAGGAAGAAACCUGUGGAUGUGAUGUCACUUCCUGCUGGUGUUUCUGCUCAUAUGCUUGUCAAGGAGAUUACCUGUCUACAGCUGGGCUAACCUUCAUGGAGCGUGGCUAGCGGUGGAGCUACAGCUGGACUAACCUUCCUGUAGUGUUGGCUAGCGGUGGAGCUACAGCUGGGCUAACCUUCCUGUAGUGUUGGCUAGCGGUGGAGCUACAGCUGGGCUAACCUCCCUGUAGUGUUGGCUAGCGCUGGAGCUACAGCUGGGCUAACCUUCCUGUAGUGUUGGCUAGCGGUGGAGCUACAGCUGGGCUAACCUCCCUGUAGUGUUGGCUAGCGCUGGAGCUACAGCUGGGCUAACCUCCCUGUAGUGUUGGCUAGCGGUGGAGCUACAGCUGGGCUAACCUUCCUGUAGUGUUGGCUAGCGGUGGAGCUACAGCUGGGCUAACCUCCCUGUAGUGUUGGCUAGCGCUGGAGCUACAGCUGGGCUAACCUUCCUGUAGUGUUGGCUAGCGGUGGAGCUACAGCUGGGCUAACCUCCCUGUAGUGUUGGCUAGCGGUGGAGCUACAGCUGGGCUAACCUUCCUGUAGUGUUGGCUAGCGCUGGAGCUACAGCUGGGCUAACCUUCCUGUAGUGUUGGCUAGCGGUGGAGCUACAGCUGGGCUAACCUCCCUGUAGUGUUGGCUAGCGCUGGAGCUACAGCUGGGCUAACCUUUGGCGUAGUGAUAAGUGAUGAUGUAGUUGAGUAGGUAUAAGGAUGAACACAGCGCCACAGCAGCCUGUCCAGCCAAACGCAUCCACCGUGUUUCACAUUAGACACUUCAGCUAGCUUACUUUUACAUACCUGUUAGCUAGUCUGCUUGACUCUGGACUCCGAACUCUGACCUGCUACUCUAGAACUGCUCUUUGAAUCCUAGAUCUGCUCUUUAAGUCCUAGCUCUUGCCCUGCUCUUUGCCGUACACGGUUAACCGAUCAGCGAAGAUGGUGAAUAAACGCACGGCCCCGCAGGUGAACAGCGGUGCCUCACAUCCUGUUGCUCGGCUUCAAAGUAAAAGUCCCCCUCAGGAUUCCGAAUCAACCGUCUGGAUAUUCUUCGUGGCACCGACUCAGUGGUCCUAGUCAACCCCGCCCCCCCUUCUGGUUCUGAAUAGCGUCUGUGUGGUAGUGUAGUGUGUCUUCAUAGGCUAGUGGGUCUCCGUCAGACCUCAGAGGCGGUCAGCGGCAGGUCCGGACCUGAGAGAAGAGCAGGGUUCAUCCUGGUCUUCCCAGGCCUUACCCCGGGAGGUACCACUAGACCGCCACCUUUUAUAAGGCAACGUCGUCACUGGUAGCGUUUGUGAUGCAGGGUAACGUGUUUUUUUUUUUUUAACCAGAUGUUAUUACAUGUCACUGUAAUGUGUUUCAAGUCGUUCUUGGUAACUGAAGUGCCCUCUGGGCAGAGCGGAUGUCGUGGUGGACCCCUGUGGUGUUUUACUUGAGUGUUUUUAUAUUUGAGGUCUGAACUCUGUGAACCGGUUCACUGCCUCCCUCCGUCAGGGCGCCCUGAGCUCAGCAUUACGGUGAGCAAACCUUUGGCCACCAUCACGUGGAUGUCCGUGCGCAGCGUUGCCAGAUUGGGAGAGAUAUCCCGUCCAAACCUGGCCCAAUCUGGCAACGCGGUCAGUACUGCAACCGUUCCAUAUGUCCAGUGUGUUUUAUACUUGUUAUAAUGAUGGCCAAUCACAAAGCCACUGGUUAGGUCAUGUGACACGUGGUGGUAAACCCGGGGCCUUUGUGAUGUCAUCGUUCUCAUCUCUCUCCCCUCCCCUCUCUCCCCCCCCCCCCCCCCCCCUCCUUACUCGAGCUCUGAACCCCCCCCCCUUUUACAAAAGCAUAUAGAAUGUGAUGUCACCCCCAUAGUUUUGAUAAUUAUUUUCUCUUAUACAAAUUAUAUUAUGAAUUAUAUUUGUAUAUGUUUCGUAACUUCACAUGAAGCCUGCCUACAUUUCCUGGGUUGAAAUGUAGCUGUACAAUUCUAUAUGCAAGGACCAUGAAAUGUGUUUUAGUGAAGCGCUGUUGGGAUGUGGCACUGUCUGUACUGUAGUCCGUACUGUCGAUGGAAGACGUCUUUGAUUUAUUUUCUAUUUUAUUUGCCGUCGCUUGUUUGAAUUGUUCCUUUUUUGUGUGUUUGCAGACUUGCUACAUCCCAUAAUUUAGCAUUAGCAUUCACAGCCAAUCAAAACAUUUCCAUGGUUCCUGAAAGGUUUUUUAUCUUUUGUAUGACAUCCUUUAAAGAUGUUCCUCAUUUGGUAUGAAAACAGAUCUAUAAUAUUUUUGAUGAUUUAUAUUGAUUGUUUAUUAGACAUACCUGAAAUUACUUGAAGUGUACAUCUGUGAUGCUACUCCCCAAACAACUGGUAGGCCUUCUGUCCCCAAACAGCCAGUCUAGACUGGCUGGUAGGCCUCCUGUCCCCAAACAGCCAGUCUAGACUGGUUGGUAGGCCUUCUGUCCCCAAACAGCCAGUCUAGACUGGUUGGUAGGCCUCCUGUCCCCAAACAGCCAGUCUAGACUGGGUGGUAGGCCUCCUGUCCCCAAACAGCCAGUCUAGACUGGGUGGUAGGCCUUCUGCCCCAAACAGCCAGUCUAGACUGGGUGGUAGGCCUUCUCUGACCCCAAACAGCCAGUCUUGACUGGGUGGUAGGCCUUCUCUAGACUGGUUGGUAGGCCUUCUGCCCCAAACAGCCGGUCUAGACUGUGUGGUAGGCCUUCUCUGUCCCCAAACAGCCAGUCUAGACUGGGCGGUAGGCCUUCUCCUCUAGACUGGGCGGUAGGCCUUCUCCUCUAGACUGGGCGGUAGGCCUUCUCCUCUAGACUGGGCGGUAGGCCUUCUCCUCUAGACUGGGCGGUAGGCCUUCUCCUCUAGACUGGGCGGUAGGCCUUCUCCUCUAGACUGGGCGGUAGGCCUUCUCCUCUAGACUGGGCGGUAGGCCUUCUCCGCUAGACUGGGCGGUAGGCCUUCUCCUCUAGACUGGGCGGUAGGCCUUCUCCGCUAGACUGGGCGGUAGGCCUUGUCCUCUAGGCUGGGUGGUAGGCCUUGUCCUCUAGGCUGGGUGGUAGGCCUUGUCCUCUAGGCUGGGCGGUAGGCCUUCUCCGCUAGACUGGGCGGUAGGCCUUGUCCUCUAGGCUGGGUGGUAGGCCUUCUCCUCUAGGCUGGGCGGUAGGCCUUCUCCUCUAGGCUGGGCGGUAGGCCUUCUCCUCUAGGCUGGGCGGUAGGCCUUGUCCUCUAGGCUGGGCGGUAGGCCUUCUCCUCUAGGCUGGGCGGUAGGCCUUCUCUUUCCCCGAGUGCUCAGAUAUGUCGGUGAUACUGUUAUUCUUUCACUGUGAUAGCCCUCCCAGAGUGCUCUUAAGCCUCUGUUUUAAUUAUUUAAUAAUUAUUUACGGUCGGGAGCUAUGGAAUGAUCGGUCCUGUUAGCAUUGAUCCGUUGCCUUCUCCGGAUACUUUUUUCUUCAAAGUAUUUAACUCUUCAGAGACGCCUUUUUGAAUAAUUUAUCGAUCAUGAUUAAUAGUGUCUUAUUUUCUAGAGAAAGAUUUCCCCUAAAGUAUCAAACUGUCUAGAGAAACCUUUCCAUUGGAAGUUUUCUAACACCAGAAAGGUUUCCCUUUACUGUACCCGUAACUUAGAAAAUCUAUAUCUAGAGAUUCUAUAGCUAGAGUGAUUAUCUAGAAAACCCUUCAGGGAGUAUAUGACAAGAGGAGCAUUGCACUUAGUAAUUUCCAGUGAUAAUAAAUCCAAUGGUAUUUAUUAUGCUGUCAUCCGUUGAGUCUUCUGGCCAACAUUCCUACAGAGCGCACCUCUCUCUGUGUUGAUGUGGAACUUUGUCCUGAUUAAACUGCUCCUCAAAUCCA